AUGAAAAUUCUUCUGGCGUUUCUGGAAAAAGAUUAUACAAAAGUUAAAAUGUGAGUUUUUUAUUUGAAGAAAUUUUAGUGAAUAUUUUGAAAUUUUAUUUUCAGGCUGAUCACAACUUCCAACUUUUCUCCAGAACAUCACAAAGAACUUCAAAUGUUGUGGUUGGAAUCGCAUUAUUCCGAGGAAACAUUCAGACGAAACAAAGUGUUGACAAAUGUUGACAAUUUUCGGAUUCGAAAAUCGGCCCCAUUUCCAGCAACAAUUCGAACCUGGAAUUCAAUACGUUAUAAUAUUGGUGUAAGUUGAUAGAUUAUUUUUAUUUAUCUCCCGUCACAAAAAUAUGUAAAAUUUUCAGGAAGAAGCCCGAGAAAUUCUUCAAGAAUUUUUCAAAACUUGCAAAUAUCCAUCCCAAGAUCAGAAAAAGUAUCUCGCGCAUCAAACAAAAUUGACAUAUACACAGGUUAGUAAAAUCUCUAGAGUUGAAAUAUCAAUUACAGUAUGUUUUUUUUCAGAUCGGCAGAUUUUUCUGCAAUUCACGUGCUCGAUCAAAAAAAGAAAAACUGGAUACUGAUCUUUAUGAAUGAUCAUGCACUACGUACAGUAUCAUUUUUCACAUAAUUUGAAUAUUUUUUGAAUAAAUAUAUAAGUUGCAAAAUCAAAAUAUGGAAUAAAUAUUUGUAAAAAAAAUGAUGGGUUUUUACGCAAUUUGUAUUUUUCUAUGUGUUCAAAGGGGGUUCAUGUCUUAUUGUGGUAUUGAAGAUGUAAGUUUUUUUUUCAAAAUUUUUGAAGUUUUCAUUGAAUUUCAAAUAUAAAUUAUCCAGAAUCAGUCAGUUUUUAUUUAAACCAAAAAUAAAUUAGAUCAACACUAUCAGAGUAUUCUGUCUCGACUUCGAAACCUCACUUCAUCCCAAUUUUCAGACUCUUUUCUCUGUUGGCAAUUACACGUGUCCUGAUAAUUAUACAAUGGUUUCUCGCACCAAAGGCUUUUAUUGCAUAAAAGUAGUCGCUUCUUCAUCAAACUAUUCCGAUUCAGAAGCCUCCUGUAAUUUGGAAAAUUCAACUUUAGCAAGUAUCGAAAACGUAGAUGAAGGUAGUUUAAUAUUAGAACUAGCACAAUUGGCAACAUCAACAAGUGGUUAUUGUUGGAUUGGUGCAAUUAGAUUAGCAACCUGUUAUGGUGUAAAUGUUGCUUCGAAUCAAGGAUGUACUCCAGUCAAAACAAACUCAUUUCGUUGGACUGAUGGUUUUACUGUAGGAACUGAUGGAUUCUCAUUGUUCAGUACCAAUGAACCUACUAAUUUGAAUGGACUGCAAAAUUGUAUUGGAAUGGUUUCAUCAAAUGAAGUUUGGGGUAGUUUUGUUCCUGGAAGUAUGGAUGAUAUCGCAUGUUCAACUACAACAGCUGUGGCACAUGUUUGUGGACAACCUGCAACUGUUGUACCAGUUAAUUGCACAACUUCAUGUUGCUCUUAA